AUGGGGGCAGACACACGGGACCUGCUGCAACAGCAGCAGCAGGUAGUACCGUCGCAGAAGCAGCAGCAGCAGCAAAUACCACCACCACCACUGCAGCAACACCCGUAUCCACCGGAUGAACAACAGAAGCAGCAACAGCAGCCCCGCCCCAGUAGGCGCGCAAAUCGCAUCUUCCCUCAACAGCGGCACCAACAGGAUCAACAGGACCAGCCGCAGCAACAGCAGCAGGUGCAGCAGUUCCUGCAGCAGCACCGAACACGAAAUAGAACGAACCCUCAGCGGCGUCCCCGUCAGCAGCAGCAGCAGCAGGUUCUCGUUCUCCCGCCGUGGGGUCCACAAGCGACGGAUGCUCCUUCUGGUGAGAGGCCUGUGGGCCGCGUCUCAAGAGCUGCCCGUCGCGAGGCAGCAGCAGCAGCGGCAGCAGCAGCAGAAGCUAGCGCAGCAGCAGCGGCUGCAGCAGCAGCGAGUGCUGCAUCGCCUGUCCGAGAGUGGGUUCCCGGCUCUCUGCAGCAUUCUCUGCAGCAUUCUCUGCAGCAUCCAUUGCAGCAUUCACUGCAGCAGUUCCAGCAUCGUUGCUGGGACCGGCUGGAGCGGCACUCCCGGGAGGAGUACCGGACAUUGCUGCCUGUAGGGGACCUCUCCUCUGAGGCGCUACGCGUGCGGCUGGACCACGGGUACCCUCUAGAUGUGAGGGGAGGGGGCCCCCAUCAACCAAGACUAAGGCCGGGACCCCCUCACUGUGGCUUUCUUGGAGCUCCCCAUUUCUGCCUCCCCGUCUUGGGGCUGACGCCGCAAGGGCCGCACGGCGGUGGGCCGCAGCCGUGGGGGUCCCCCCUGCCAUUCGAGGCUCCUCCAACAGCCCCACAGGCCACCGCCUCGCUUUCGCCGGUACAGCAGUGUUUUUACGCACAGGGGCCCCAUACGCAGCAGCAGCGCGGACAGCAGCCUCAGCAGCAGCACGUACAGCAGCAGCAGCAGCAAUUUCAGCAGCAGCGCGUACAACAGCAGAUGCAGCAGCACCCUACCCCCCUGGCUCCUCUUGCCUCUCACCAUUUGCAGUCUUCAUCUGACUUCCCGUUCGUCUCAAUGAUGGGCGUCCCCACGAGGUCCCCGUUUGCUGGGGCCCCCCACGCGGAUGGGAGCAGCGGCAGCGGCAGCACCAGUACUCUGCAGCCAGGCGACGCCUGCAGCACGCAGAUCCUUGGUCUCGAAGCAGACCCUGUCGACUUCCCCGCUGCACCAGCAGCAGCCGCAACUGAAGCAAGAGCGGCAACGGAAACUGCGGCAGCUGCUGCAGCCGCAGCAGCAGCAGUAGCGCAGGCGCCUGCCAACGACGGUCGAAGGUCCAUGGAAGCAGCAAGAUACGGGGCAGUGGGUGUCACGGAAAAGCAAGAAUGCAGUUCGGCAGCUAGUGCUGCUUCUGCUGCUGCAGGAGCUGCAGCUGCGGCGGCAGCAGCCGCAGUAGCAACAGCUCCUGCCCCGGCUUUGAACGGCAUCGUUACCCUCGGUGCUUCUGUUGGUUGCCCCACUCCCUAUGCUGUCUUGCGCGAGGCACCGCUCCAGCAGCACCAAUCGUGGCAGCAUUUGUCUCAACCAUACUGGCAGUCGUGGCAGCUGCAGCAGCAGCAGUGGCAACAGCAGCUGCAGCACCAACAACUUCAGCAGCAGCAGUGGCAGCAGUGGCAGCAGUGGCAGCAGCAGUGGCAACAAAUGUCGUACGCAAUUGCUGCUCCAGUUGAUGUGCCUACAUACCCUUACGUGCCUCUGCAGCAGCUGCAGCAGCAACCGCAGCUGCAGCAACAGUAUUUAGGCCUGGUCCAGCAGCAACGACACGAUUGGGGGCUUCAGAGGCCAAGUGGAACGACGAGGAAUCACCAACGGGCGCCACGGCGCGGCCUACAGCAGCACCAGCAGCAGCCGCAGCACCACCAGCCUGCUUCGGCUCCACACAGCAGCGUAGCUGGUCCCCGCAGAGGCCUACAGCGCCAGUGGCAGCAGGCGGCCUUCCCAGCGACAGCGGCAACAACGGACUGCAUGCUUCACAUUGCAUCGGGGUCCUCUGCAGGGACGGCGGCGGCAGCAGCAGCUGCUGCAGCAACAGCUUACCCGCGGCCGCUGCAUGCACAUGCAGCAGGAGCUCCCGUCGGGGAGCCCACAGACAGCAGAAUGACCCGUACACCCGGUCGUAUCGUGGCUGCUGCUCCUGCGUACAGCCAGGGUGCUGCCACGCGCAAUGCGCCGUCUAGUUCAUCCCUGCAGCCGCAGCAGCAGCCCCCGCAGCAGCAGCAGUCACAGCGGCAGCAACAGGGGCAGUGGGAUGCGCAAGCACGGAAUUACGCAUGUAGCUCUAACAACCGGAAUGUAAAAGAGCUCCCCUUCCGGCCCCGGUCGGUGCAGGAGGAGCGGCACCUCAUUGCCAGCUCGCAUCACCUGGGGGAAGGGCCUCCGCGGGGCUGCAGGAGGCGGGCAACGAAAAGCACUCCGCCUCCUGCACCUGCUGCCUCUGCUGGGGGUAGUGGCGGUGCCGGGCGUCGUCAGGCGCUCUCCAGCAACAACGCAGCGGCCCCGGAGUCGACAGAUUCGGGUGCAGCAGCUGCCCAAGACGGGGGAAAGAGAAACAGCUGCAACAGUAGCUCAAACGUACUCCACAGCAGCCGCGGCAGCAGCAGCCGCAACAGCAGCAGGAGCCGCACUCGCAGGAACAGCCACGGGAGCAUUUCAAACAGUCGGAUGCUCCCCGAGGAGGGUUAUGCGUAUACCAAGAAUAUGGCCUAUCUAGCACCGCUUGUAGAGGCAAAGAAAGUUGGCCCUGGCGACUUCGUGCUGCUGCAUGUCAUUGGGAAGGGCUCAUAUGGGAAAGUGAUGCUGGUCCGGUUCGAACAAGACGGCCAGUUGUACGCGCUAAAGGUUCUUCUUAAGGAAUCCUUGCUUCGUCGCAGCCAGGUGCAGCACACGCGCACGGAACGGGCAGUUCUGGAGGCGAUCUCUCAUCCUUUUAUCGUGCAGAUGCACUUCGCAUUUCAGACACCCAAGAAGCUGUACUUUGUUCUAGAGUAUUGUCCCGGGGGGGAGUUGUUUUUCCACUUGCAGAAAGAAGGAAAGUUCACUGAGGACCGCUCACGCUUCUACGCUGCUGAGCUGUUGCUCGCCUUGGAGCAUCUUCACAAGCACAACGUGAUCUACCGAGACCUCAAAUCAGAAAAUGUUUUGCUGGAUGUGGAUGGGCAUAUACGGCUGACAGAUUUUGGCCUUUCAAAGAGCGGCAUCGCCGACAACAAUAGUGCCAGAUCCGUGUGCGGGACCCCUGAGUACAUAGCCCCUGAGAUCCUGUGUCAGGUCGGGCACGGAAAAGCAGCGGACUGGUGGAGUCUUGGGGCCCUGCUCUAUGAAAUGCUGACAGGCCUGCCUCCUUUCUACACGGCCAACCGCCAGGCCCUCUUCACAAACAUUCUCUGGGGGGGACUGGAAUUCCCAGCGGAUCUGUCCCCCGCAGCGGUUGACCUCCUUAAGAAUCUAUUGCACCGCGACGCCAAUGAGCGACUGGGCGCUGGACCCUUAGAUGCAGAGGAGAUAAAGAGGCAUCCGUUUUUUGAAUCUGUAGAUUGGGACUUGCUCCUUGCGAAGAAGAUAGAGCCACCGUUCAAACCCCGCCUCCACUCGCAUGAGGACUCCAAGUACUUUCCAGCGGAUGUUAAACGAGAACCCGUUUUGUCGGAUGACGGUGAAGGGCCUGACGCAGCAUUCGGCACCGCCACCUCUAGUGCCAAUAGCAUGAGAAUGCAACGGUCUCGCACGCCUCUUCCGCGCUCUGCAGGGAACAGCAGCCGCAGCAGUAGCAGUAGAGUGGCAACAUCUACUGCAGCGGCAGAUCUUACAGCGGGUGGCAAUUGUACAACGACAGCUCAUAGGGGGACAGCACAGCACCCAGAUAGCGCAUGCAGAGAGGAACACUCACAUGCAUGCGACUCUCCCUCUUCUGAUAAUUUUCAGCCCACCGAAGACGAGGAAGGGGAGGCCCUCUUCAAGGGAUUUACCUACGAUGAACGCCUCCAGGGGACCUGGGGCAAAGCGGCAACAUCUCCGGACGACCCCUACGAUUUCUAG